GUACUCAAGACAGCUCGGAGCGCUUUCACUUCACCGCGGCCAGCAGCACAGAUCCACAACAUGACGGAAUGUAUCAAAAACUGCUGCAGGACAUUUAUGUCCCAGGAGAAAGAACCAGAGAUUCAGAUGAUUAGAGUCCGACCUCCCAGUAAAUUAUCAGCUGAGUCUAAUUUGAAGAAGAGUGUUGGAGUAUCAGAGGAUUAUCUCCUUUCUAAACUGCCCCCGGACGGCAAGGAGGUCCCCUUUGUCCUCCCAACCUUCAAGCCCUCCUACAUCCAGCCGAGAGGGGCACAGUACUCUGGCUACAACAUCGGGCAACAGAGCUGCACUAGAACCACUUAUGCAGACAGGAAGGCAGAGCUUGCAGGAGCCAAUCAAAUCGUGUAUGACCCUGAUUUGACCUAUAACACCAGUCAGAUCAUCAGCUUCGUGUCACCGGGUUCAGUGAGACGCCCCAGUAUGAAAGGCAGACCCAACAUAAGCCCUGGCACAGGUUGGGAACACAAUGGCAAACAGAGACUCAGUCACUCCAUGUUUGAUUUGUCAAACCCUCAAGGUCCUGUACAGCGUUAUGAUUCUGUAUCCAGUGUCCAGAGCAGCACAUCAUCCAUUCAGGAUUCCUUUGGGAGCAGCCGUAGUCUAGAGUCCAUUACGCUGUCUGGCGAUGAGAGGGAUUGUGAGCUUGGAAAGAUGUGUGUACACCUGAGGUACGAGGAGGCGGUGGAGCAGGUGUGGAUCACCUUGGUGAAGUGUACAGACAUGAGUUUUUAUACUGAAGGGGUGGGGCCGCAGAGGAUUGGGGUCAAAGGGGUCAUCACCAUGACGAAGCUAGUGCGUUUUAAGAGCACAGUCAAGGAAGCAUCAGCAGACACUGAGUUCAUGGAGACAUUUGUGUUCACUCUUAACUUAGAGCAAAUACGCAGGUCUGCGCUGGUACUGCAUCUGCAGGCUCACACACCACGCAAGCGCACACUGGGAGAGUGUGUGUUAUCUUUCCGAACCCUCGGUCCACAGGAAACACAGCACUGGCUGGAGUUCAGGCCCUACUCUAAAACACACGUAUGUCAUGCUGAGCUUCAGCUGGCUUUGUGCUUUCAGCCUGUGAGCAGUCGAAUGCAACUCCAGAUCCUCAGUGCUCAAAAUAUUCCAUCAUCUUCCUCUCCGCUCACACACAGUUUCUUCGUGAAGGUGGACAUGCUGAGAGAUGGCCAGUUCUUACUGAAGAGGAAAACGAAGGCGAUGAAGUCAUCAGGGGGGCUUGUCCAAUGGGGGGAUGUAAUUCUUUUGCCCAUCAGCAAUCAAGACCAGAAUCUGCAGCUGUCCAUCAAACUCUACAGCCGUGGCUCUGUUCGAAGGAAACAUCUUCUUGGACAGGUCCUCUUGGGUUUUGACAGCUGUUCUCCAGAGGCAGUGGAGCAAUGGAGAGAUUCCAUCACACAUCCUGAAAAAGUGGUGACUUCAUGGCACAGAGUUAGUCGACCCUGAAAGAGAGAAGGUGUAGAAAUGAGAAAGAAAAAAGAAUGAUGACAAAAGGAGCCUUUGUAGCUUUGAGAUGGUAGAGAGGGGUGGUGAAAUCACCAAACACUGUCUUGUAUACUCUCCAACUUCACUGGACUUAGCUGUAGCAACACUAAACUUUUUUUAAAAUUAAUGUCUUUGCAUGUAAUUUGUAAUGUAUGUGUGUGUGUGUUUUUUUUAAUGACGUAAGUCUUUGGAAGAAGGUUAAAUCUGCAUUAUGGCACACAAUAAUUAAUUUUUAGAGGUAAUAACUGUAGUAUUGCGUAAUUCAGAGGUUUAAUCUGAUCUGUAGAUAGUCACAAGGUAAAUAGUCACAAUCUAUGUUCUUUAUUGCUAACUUGAGAACAUGAAACUGCCACAGAAACAGGAUACAUGCAAAAUAGACAUUAUGUGCAAUAAAAUAUACAUCAGAUUGCAGCUCUUGCUCAUUUUAACCAUGUGACAGCAUUUUAAACAGCAUAUGAUAUUAAACAGUCAUACUAAUGUCCGAGUAUAGCUGAUAAGAGCAGGUAUACCAGGCACUCAAAUAAUAUCUUUUCAGAAUUCAGAAAUGAAGUAUUAUGUUCAGUAUUCUUCUCCAGUCAUUGAUUUGGUGAUAAUAAUUUCACUUUCAUCAGCUGUCAGAGGGCAGUAAACCUGUUUUUAGGUGCAGUAGAAACGCUUGUUCAGAAGUGUGUGUUAGUGUUUAGGGUGAACACUUUGAAAAGCUUUUAAUUUUAGAAGUUAAGAAGGGUUUAGGUUACAUUCCCAUCCAAAUGGAAUUCAAUCUGUAAAUUCGUCCUCUAUUUUCUUUCAUGGAGAAAAAGAGAACAAGAGAAAGGGAAAGACCGCAAGAGAGUGCAACAAAGAGACUUUUGUUAACACAGGCAUUUCUCUUCCCCGCAUCCUUUGUGUUGCCCUUAAUUCAAGGUGACCUAAAUCUCUGCAAUCACCAUUUCUAAGAAUAUAUUUUUGCCCAGGUGACAGUAGCUUAUUUAAGUGUUCAUUCUGUUCAUAUUUAAACAGGUAUAUUGUGUUAAGUAAUGCUGUAGUUAAGUGGUCACGUGGUAUUAUGUAAGAGGCUUUUUCACAGAUAUUUAAAAAGCAAACAUUUUGUUCCUAUCGACUAUUUUGUGCCCAUGCACACAAAGAUUUGUUUGAUCAGAGUCUGGUAGCCUGAUGUGACAGCAAUUACAGUUUUGAUCAAAUAACCCUGGGAAAGAAACAGUUGUUUGAAAUUAGUUUAUGAUGGGACAUUCUAAGUUGUAACACCACAUUAAACAUUUUCAUUAUGCUGUUUCAUUGUGCUUUUCAUUGUGUAAACAGUGACAAAACCAAGACUGUGUCAUAACAAACCCAUUUGAACUAAACAGUUAAUUGUCAUACAUGUUUCUGUUUAACUACAGUGUAAACACGUUUGGUCAUGUACUGUAACUUGAAACUUUUGUUUUAAAUGGUAAAAUCUACUGUAUAUCGGCUGGUUUUAUUCAAAUAUAUUAUUUAAUAUGACUUCCAUUAAGUUAAACCAACAAAAGUAAAAAUAACUCCACUUAUCUACUUUCCAGAUUCAACCUAGAACAGGAUGGUCAAAUUCUGAUGUUUGAUUAUGCAGAUUGCGGUUAGUUUGCACUGCACAUUUCUUGAGGUUUUUGUUUUAACUGCCCAAAAACCUGUUCAGCCUAUUGGAUCACAGCACUACAGUCAACUGUAAACCCUAAUA